AUGAAUGUGAUCAUAGCAACUGCUAUCUGUAUGAUCAUGUUUUCCUCAUUCUGUUGUACCGCUCACGAAUUAUUGAACAACGAGAACAAUGAUAACAACCUCCAAACAGUGAUGACUCUCUAUGCCACUAAUUCAUCAGCUCAUAACACAACAACCUCUUCUUCUACAACCACUAAUUCUGGAUCCUCUACGGAACGUGUCAUUCUUGUGUGUUUAUUACUGCUUGUCAUUUCCGUUCUAUUGGUCGUGAUGGUCUUUGCGAUUUAUUAUUGGAUGAAAAAGAGAAAAGAACGAAAGGCUCAAAUGGAAGCAGCUCAACAACAACAGCAAUCAUCUCAUGAAAUGAAUGAGGAUCAUGAAAUAGACUCUAGGCACAAUGGAGGAAGGAAAGAAAAGAAGAAGGGUCAUUUACAUUUCGAAGACGAUGUGUAA